AUGGCCGAAUCAGUGGUAACCAGCACCCUGGAGUACACCAGUACCGGGAGCCUCAGAUCCAAGCUCCCUGCGGCCAAAUGGGGAGCUGCCUGUGCUGCCUGUGCAACCGCCAAGGCGAAGUGCAUCCGCUCGAAUCCUGAUGUAGAGUCAAAGUGCGACCGAUGCGAAAGGCUCCUCAAAAACUGUACCAAACAGGUUCAUCGCGUCCGCAAGAAGAGACAAGUAAAACCGUCUCGCACUGCUCGUAUCGAGGAAAGGCUAGACAACCUCACCAAUAUCCUGCAAUCCUCUGGAGAUCUUUCAAAAGCCGGAAUUGAUCGUGAUACCCUUCGCCUCGCUCUCGAGGGAAAUAAUGACACGCCAGAAAAGUUCGAGGCCAGCGAGGGUCCUUGGGCCGUCCCGGAGCAGUUCAACUCUCACGCGCCGGGAACAUGUCUGUGCCGCCCUGUCACAGGCGAGGCACCUCCCCCUCCGGACACGGAUGACAAUCUGCUGGAUCUCUACCGGAGGGAGUUGAUGCCGCUGAACCCUUUCGUUGUCGUUCCGCCCACCAUCAAUGCUGCUGGCCUGGCGGAGACCAAGCCUUUCUUGAUGGCGGCCAUCAAAACCGUAGCUUCAUUUCGAAGUCUAAGAUCAAUGCGUGCCCAGACAUAUUAUCUGAUGAAGCAUCUCUCCGAUCACAUUCUCAUCCGAUCAGAGCGGUCGCUGGAUCUGUUACAAGGUUUGAUCGUCAUCAUCUCCUGGUAUCAGUACCACUGCUUCAUUCAUGCGCAGUUGAGUAACUUGGUGGGCCUGGCAACAUCGCUUAUAAGUGAUAUGGGCUUGACUCGCCCAAAGUACAUUCCUGGACAGUUCGAUCCCAAUGGGCCGAAAGCGCAUACCGCCGAGGAAAAGCGAGCGUUCGCUGGUGUGUGGUUCAACUCCUCAGUUGUAUCUAUAGGAUACGGCAGAAUAGACAGCUUGCGAUUUUCGAAAUAUCUCCAGCAAUGUUUGAGAGAUCUAGAGGACGCCAAUGAAGAAGAAACAGAUAUCGAUCUCGUACAUCUUGUCCGCAUCCAGUAUCUGACGGAUCGCAUCAAUUCACUCAAAGAAAUGGAUAGAGCCGACUCCAUACUGGACAACACUCCCUUGCAUCUGAUGUCCAAGACAACAUAUAUAAACUCUUAUCAGACCGAAAUUAACCAGAUUCAAGAGCGACUGCCGCUGAGACUCAAGAUGAAUAAAAUAUUCAUGACAAACCUACAUACUGCGACCCUGCGGCUGUAUGAGCCACCUGACGGGAAUAAAAUCCCGUCCUUGGCAGAACCUCAAAGCACAGAUACUUCCUCAUCAGCGCUGGAAGACAUCUAUCAAUCACGCAACGCGCUGCUCGCUUGGUUCGAGCAUUGGCUCUCAGUUUCGGUGUCGUCAUAUUAUCGCCAGACGCUGUCUACAUGCACACAGCUGAUUUACGCGAUCAGCAUGCUGGGGAGAUAUGCCAAGUUCAUCAACUCGAAGACGUUGAAAAAGGGCCCAGGCGUAAUGUCUCUGAGUGCUGGGGCCAACAAUAGCCAGCGGGAGACCACUCUUUUUGUAGAACCGCAAAAACGCAACACUUCCGGCUUAACCUCGCCGGCGACUACGAUUGCCGAGUCGCCAUCCAGCGUGGAGAAAGAGCCGUGCCCUUUCGUCCCAAAGAGGGCCGACGAGUGGUCGGAUCCCAGGGUCCCGGGCGCGGUGGCGUCAUUACAAGAACGCCUGGACAAGGAGCCCGGGUUGGAGAUCGACGUCACUCGGAUCCUCUCGACGUUGCGGACCAGGGUUCAGCAAGUCGGAGACUUGAUGCAGCAAGCUGCAGUCCCGGAGGAGUCGAAAGACAGCAAUCUCUGGGUGACAAGCGCGCUGAAGAUUCUCAUGAUUCAGGAAAAGCUUGAAUACUGGGCCAACUCUGUCCUGCAGAAGACGGCAUCGUUAUCUUUGAAUGACCGACCUGGCGACCAGGCGCCCGACCAGUUUUACCAGAACGGGGGCAACCAGUAUAGCCAAGAUAUGGUCGACUUUGGUAGCAGUAUGGCUUUCCAAUGGACCGGGGACCUUAUGCACAGCACUGAAAACUUCGGAUGGCUCAAUGAUUAUGGGGACUGGAAUAUUCCAUAA